AUGGAAAUCGGAGCGUACAUGGGAGAGUGUAUUCAAAUCAUUGAAUUCUAUGGUGGUGACGUUGUCAAGUUUUUGGGAGACGCAGUGUUGGUGUGCUUUCAACCCAUUGAUACCAAAGACAGACGAGAUUCAUCAGAAACAACAAAUGAAGACGAGGUGGAGGCAUCUGAAAGACAAAAGAACUUGCUGGUGCGUCGAGGAGUCGAAUGCGGAUUGCAGCUGCUUGCUCGAUUAUCACAUUACAGAGUCUAUCUCACGGCUGAAGAAAGAUCCAAGCAUAGGACCCCUAAUGGAGAAAAGAAAGACGAGCAAAAGGGAACAAUUUACGAUGCGAUGAACCCCACCUGCAGCCAGGACGAAAAGAUAGCACAGGACAUCAAGCCAACAACAUUUGAAGAAAACCACUUUCUCUCCAUUGAUAAUUGGGUGCCAGCAUUUCUCAAGAUGAAAGGCAAAGAUAGAUACAAGGAAAGAAGGCCCAGCGAUAGCAGUGAAAUGUCUAGCAACAACUCGGAGUUGAACAACUGCGUUGAUUUGGAAUUGCACAUGGCGCUGUCUUGCGGAAAUGUCAUCAACAUUGUGCUGGGUGAUCUAGAUCCGAAUGAUACAGAUGCUCAUCAGCAUGCCAGCCUGUUUCCUCAGUUGAGAUCAAUGGACAACGCUGCUGAUAUUUCGCCCAUCCUGGACGAGUUUUUUCUGGAAUAUAGGGGUAGACUGGAAUACGCUAUUGGUGGCGAUGUAGUGGACUCACUGGACGAAGCAUUAUCGAUUGCGAAGGCUGGAGAGCUCAGCAUUACACCUGCAGCAUACGAUAUUGUGCGAAGACAAUCAAUGAACCUCAGCUUUGAAAGACGAAGGCGCUUUUUUGUCAUCAAAAACAUCACUGAGGACCGACCCAUACGAAAAAGCAGCAAUCACUCUCAUACAUCAUCUGGAUUACGGCACAAUACGAGUCCACUCAGCAGAAAAAGCAGUUCAGUAGCACAACCACUGAGCAAUGCUGACUACCUCAAGACAUUGCCUGGAUUGAGGACACAUGCAUCAAAAAUGUCGAUUGAACCACUUGUACCCCGUGUGCGGAACACUUUCCAUACUAACCUCCCGGUCAACUCGAAUCGGUUCUAUUGUCAAUAUAUCAACAGAAGCGCUCUUUACCGAAUGCAGCAGAGUGUAGAUGGCAGUAUACCAGCACAGUUUCGAGAGGCAACCAUCAUGUUUAUCAGCUUGGGAAAGACGGAUGUUUUUAGUAAAGAGGGGCUCAAGAAGGUGCAAACUGCAGUUUUAAUCGUGAUAGAAGCGCUGGUAAGAUACGAAGGUAUGCUGCAGCAAUUUGCUAUUGACGACAAGGGCGCCACUUUAUUGUCUGUGUUUGGCUUGCCUCCUUUAUCCCAUGAGCGUGAAGCUGUUUUCGCUGCCAAAGCUGCAUUAGAGAUUCGAGACAGCUAUUUGGAGCAAGGCUUUACCGGAUUCUCCAUUUCGCUAUCAACGGGCAUCAUCUUUACUGCUGUUUUGCCACCCAAAGGGCCAUAUAGAAGAGAUCCAGGCAUAUCAGGUGAUACAAUUGUGGUUGCUGUGCGCAUGCUCAAGUUCCCAUUCUCCAAGGAGACUGUUGUAUGCGAUCCAUCCACUCGUAAACAGAUUGGUGGGCUAUGUGAGUUUGAAGAUUUUGGAGAAAACUUUGUCAAGGGCAAGGUGAAGCCUGUGCAAAUAUUUGGAAUAUCAAGAUUUGGUCCUCCUGAAAGAGACAAACGUAUAUCCGUAUUGAGCUUUGAAAAGUCCAAUGACUUUAUUGGGUACAAGUCAGAAAUGCAAACAGCAACCAGUUUUGUGGACGAUUGGGCAGAUGCGCCAAAUCAUCACUUUCUCAUUGUGUCAGGACCUUCUGGUGUCGGCAAAAGUUUUUUUUGUGAUAAUCUGCAUAAGCUCAUUAGGACACAUGGUGUACUGAGCUGCUGGUCUUCGUCUACUGAAGUCGAAAAGGGCAGCAAAUACUAUCUCUUGCGAAAUAUCAUGCUAGCGUUAUUUGAAAUCAUUGAUUCAGACAGAAUACCAGCCAAAGGCAGAGGCAAAUCUGAUAACUGUUCGCAUAUAACUGCGAGCAGCACACAGCGCCACCCGCACGAUACAUCAAGUCCAUCGAUUGCCGAAUCAAAUGAAUCCGUCAAUACAAGCCCAUCUUCCACAAGUUUUCCUACCAGCAAAGAGUGGUUUAGAUCACUUGCUUCUCAUGCCUCCAUGACACCUUCAUCACUCGGAUCUGGCUCAAACAAUAUCGAAAUAUGCAACGAAAUGGUCGAUUUGAUUUCGAGAUGCCUGCAAAAGUGCGGUGAAGAGAUUGGAUACAUGCCGCUGUUCAAGGUGAUAUUCACAACUCUGAAUGAUGUUGGAGAGAACCGAUAUACACGGCUAUUGGAUGGACGAGCAAGAGAUAUUUUGCUGACAGGUGUCAUUACAAGAAUCGCGCAGCAUGUUUCCAGAUGUGUGGGAUUGGUCUUUAUUUGUGAUGAUGUUCAAUGGGCCGACACUGCUUCUAUUCGCAUCCUGCAGCACAUUCAUGAGCACUGUCAGAAAGUGUUCAUCAUAAUGGCCACUCGUCCUAUUAAAGAUUAUAAUGUUCUUUUCAUAGAGAAAUACCGAGCCACCGGCUCCUAUGUAGAGAUUCAAUUGAAUGGUCUUGGCGCUGAUGAAAUUGGCGAAAUUAUUCUUCAAAACUUUGGUAGUGGUGUCGACCGCAUCAGUCCAAAGAUUGUCAAGGUCGUUCAGAAACGCACUGGCGGAAACCCACUUUAUGUCAAAAACAUGGCAAUCAUUCUAAAGGAUUUCAAUCAUGUCACAGUGGUAGAAGGGGAGCUUGUGCCUAGUAGUAAUAGUUUUGAUUUGGAGGAUCUUUUGGGUAACUUUGACUACAAGAGAAUCAUCAAGAUGCAAUUCGAUCGACUCGACCCGAACUAUCAAGCAUUUCUAACAGUUGCUUGCUGCUUGGAUCAAUAUUUCACCAUCUUUGAAGUCAAGGCUGUUAUCAAGGACACCAAUUACAUAUUCAAGCAAGACGAUCCCGAGGCAAUACAAAAGCAAAUCAAGAAGUUUGAUGUGUAUCAUUUCUUACAGCAAGUUGACAAUGGCAAUCCACUGGAAAGCAACAUUGCUGUGUACAACUUCACACACAUCACCAUUCCCCAAAGUAUUUAUGAUAUGAUGUCCUACGAAACUCGCAUCGCGCAACAUCGAGCACUGGCCAAAUACUAUGAAAGUCAAUUAAACAGAGACAAUUACCUUCAACUGCUCGGAAAGAUUACGCGGCACUAUCUGCAGACGGAUUCAGUUGGAAAACAACUUUCUUAUCUCGAGGCAUUAGCCGAUCAAAAUAUGCAAAACUAUCUAUUACCAGAAGCGACACUCAAUCUUCAGAAAAUUGUCAAGAUUCUGGACGAAAACGAUGAUCUGCUUAGUCAGUUUGGACACGUUCAUCUCAGUGAUGUGUAUCGUCGACUCGGUGUGUGUUAUACAAUGAGAACCAAGCUAACGGAAGGCGAGCAUUUUUUGUUCAAGGCUCUGGAAAUUCUCGGAGAAGCAUGGCCGCGAUCAGAACCACAGUUUUUAUACAAUUUCUGGAAAAACAGGUUGAAGCAGUAUCAACACCGUCGAUGGGGCGUCCUGUCAAAAUAUAGUUCUCCCUCUAAAAGAGAGCAUGGCCAUCGUGUAGUAGAGAUCAUGGCACAGCUAUCCAAUAUCUACUUUUACACUGGUAAUGGUCGCGACUUUGUAUACGCCUGUCUGGUUGGCUUGAACGCUUGCGAGAAAUUAGGUGAUGUCGGUCCCAAUUACACCUUGUUUUUGGCCAGAAAUGCUCUACUUUGUUGGCUGAAUGACGACAAGGCAAACAGCAUCUUUUACAUUGCAAAGGCUUUACGACAAAUGGGAACUGACAAAACGGAUCCUGGUACACUGACCAUCUGCUCGCUGUUAUGCUUUGCUGCCGGCAAAUUUUCAAAUGCAAGAGAUUUGUUGUAUCAGUCAAUCGAGGGAUCACGAACAUUAGGCAUUGUCACCGAUUGUCAGGCCUUCUAUAGGUCGGUUGGCUUGGUGGUAACAAUGCGUAUAUUUGAGGGCGCCUUCAACAAAUCUGCAACUGAUAUGGCGCUGCUUAAGCAGAUGGCAGACACGGCCCAUAGCAACGGCGAUUUUGAAGCUGAAAUUUGGCUUGGUGUCUACAAUGUGGGAAAUGCCCUUGUCAUAGAUCGAUUGGCUGACUGCGCGCCUUAUGUGGCAUUGCUGGAAGCACACGUAAAAGAGGCUGCCGAUUAUAAUCGAAUUGCUAUUCAUGGCACUUUGGUUUGCUAUUACGCAAGAAAUCACAUAUACGAUUUGGCUAGACGGCAUUUGCAAAAGUUAGUCAACAAUCUACCCUCACUUACUGUCACUCCAAACAUCUUUCCCAUCUAUGGUCUUAUAUUUGCUACCAUGGGUUUGUAUAGUAUGGUAGAAGACGGUCAAAUAGAUCUUGUAUCUGAUGGUGAUGUUAAGAACUACGAAAAGUUUAUAUUUGGACUAUCUCGACUCAAUCAUGCGUUCCAGCAAGUCAAAUUUUGGGAAUUCACUCAACCCUGUCUCUAUCUUGCACGUGCGCUGCCUUAUGUCACAACUCGACGUAUUGUGGAGGGAUACAUGGUUCUUCGUCAUGGCGUAUUUGAAAUGCAUUUCAUUCAGGAAAUUAGGUUCUUAAAGGCCUAUUACUGGGCAAAUUUAGGAAAGUUUGCAUUUACACCAGAGGAUCGCAUUGAAUGGACUCAGAGAGCCAAAAAAGAUUUUGACGUGCUGGGUAUCCCAUCCGAUACAUAUUGUAACCCUGAUCCAGGCAAUAUCUACUAUCGAGGAUUUCAAGCUGAUUUAUGCAAACCUCAUUCAAGACUUGGCUCAGAACCUGAAGUGCCCCCUGUGGUUGUAACAAUAGAUCCACCCGCAAGCACAUCCUCUUCUGAGUACCCUCAGAAACAUGUUGCAAAUGAUGUAGCAUGA